UGAUCACCUCAAGUCCAACUCUUCAAUUGUGAAGACCGAGAUCACAAAGCUAGGGGUGGCUCUCGGGUUUGCGAGCGUCACGAAGGGUUUAACGCUCCCAUGCAUAUGUGGCACGUCUGGCUUCUUCAUCCUCGAAGUUCAGGGGCGGAAAUUAUGAUCAGAGUGAAGAGAAAUGAUUGAACGGCAACGAGAGUGGCCGAAAGAAGCAAACGACCAUGUAAAGCGUGUGAACAUAAGCGAUUUGUGUACAUCUGCCUCUCUUCCGAGAUUCCCGCCUAACGAUAAUAUUUAUGUAGUUCUUGUGCAUGGGUCACGAUGGUCUGCUUAUUUUAUUAAUCGCAACGGCCUAGAGGGGGGGGGGAACCAACCCCUGAUGUAUGAUCCAGUAAGCUGGGAGGCACGGCAGAUGACGAGGCAAGUUGAAGUGAAAGGAGGGAAGAUUGAUUUUUUUGAUUUACCUGUUAUAUUGGAUAAUGAAGGCACGGCGAACAGCCUUGGAACGCAGCAGCGUCCGAAUUUUGGUGGCCAUCGACGCGGAAAGAAAGCGUUUGAUGCCGCGUGGGCGAUGGGGUCAUGUAAGCGGGGGCGAUCAAUCCGGAUUAUUUCACAUGAGCUUAGCUAGAGGAGGGGAAGGUCCAUCAACUCUGUGUAGGAUAUACAUAAGGCCUGCAGAGAUGAAUGCAGGAGCUGAUGACCUGCUUACGGAGAAACAUUGGCGGCAGGGCUAAUGAGUUUAGGCGGUACCCUUCGUGUCGGCUGAUGGUGUGAUGACCUUUCACCUUG